UCGCGCCGUAUAUUCCAACAGAUUUAAGCUGAUCGCUCACUCGCUUGCCGGAAUUCAGUGGAUUAACAUGGUCGGUGACUGAUGUGUCUCAUUCGCGAUUCGGAUCACACAUUGUAGCUAGCCUUUUUCAAGUAUUUGUUCAGUUUGAAUUGUUAAUCAGUUGUACAUGUGCCCGAUCGUACGAUAGUCGCGAAAUCGUCUAUCGUUACGAUUUAGAUCUUUAAAUCUCGCUAUUUCUAUAAACGGAUUAUUCAAGUAUUACGACAAAAGUUACAAAAACAUUGUUCACCUGAGCCCACUGGCUUAUAAUCAAAUCAAUCUGAAUAUUGAUGCAGUAAUUAACACGGAGCAUCACAUUUCGUCAUUGAUGCAGAUGGAUGAGGAACACGAGAAAUAUUACAGAAAACAAUGACGCGGCACAGAAAAAUCAUCUAACAGUAAAGCAUUAGCAAAAAGAUUCGAAAAGGAAACUCACAGACUAUAUUAUAUUGAUCGUAUUCAUAUUACAAUAAUUAUUAACUGAGAUCCGAAGAACUCUUGAGAACAGAAUCCAGUAUUAGUUAAGUCCGUACUGAAUCGCCUACUUUUGAUACGCGAUUACAACAAUCGUAUCACGCACAUGACAUGUAUGUAAUGUAAUGUGUGUCAAUCAACGUUGAUAAUUUACCCCGCCGAAACAAAGGAUAACUUCUUUGAUGCUUAACCCGCCGAUAAGCGGAAGUGAAGAAAUAAAAAGCCAGUAACAACCAGAUAGUCAUAAUAUUCUCUCAGUUGUUCAAUCGUAUCAAUAUGCCGAUGCAAUACACAUCUGUCUCGCUAAACGCGACACGAGCAGUCGACAUCCAUUUCAAGGAUUUAUCGUAUCAAGUCCAGAUCAGAUAUCGUGGACCUAAGAAGCAGAUUCUGAAGGGCCUGAAUGGUGUUUUCAAGUGCGGAGAAUUGACGGCAAUCAUGGGACCAUCUGGUGCCGGUAAAUCCUCAUUACUGAACAUCCUGACCGGAUUUCAGGAAGAAAACUUGCUCGGAACGAUGGAGUAUAUCAGUAGGCAGGGUAAACUGGAUCGAAAAAAGUGCAAGAAACUUUCAUGCUACGUCCAACAAGCGGACAAUAUGUAUGGUCUGCUCACCAUCCAGGAGAGCAUGAUGCUAGCGUCCUGUCUGAAAAUCGCCAGCAUAACGCAGAAACGCAGGCAAACGCUGAUUGAUGACAUCUUGGACACCCUAAAUCUAUCGAAGGCAAAGAACACGAGAGUCGAUCGACUUAGCGGCGGACAGAAGAAGAGACUAAGCAUCGCUCUAGAGCUGAUCGACAAUCCGCCGAUCAUGUUUCUGGACGAGCCGACCAGUGGCCUGGACUCGUUAGCAUCUUCGCAGUGCAUUGCUGCGCUCCAGACUCUCGCGAAAAGUGGUAGAGCGAUUAUCUGUACCAUUCAUCAACCCAGCGCUGCGCUCUAUCAUAUGUUCGAUUACAUCUACCUGAUAGCUGACGGUCACUGCAUGUACGCCGACGUGCCCAAUAAUACAAUAAAUUAUUUUGCGAAACAAGGCUUUCAGUGUCCUAAAUAUCACAAUCCUGCGGACUACAUGUUGGAAGUGGUGAAUCAAGAGUACGGGAAUUAUAACAAUCAGUUGGUCAUUGCGGCCAAGAAAUAUUGCCAGCGAGACGAGACACCUUUGCAGACGAACACAUUCACGAAAUCAGGAUUGUCGUUCGCAAACGACAGAGAAGGGAUUGCGAUAAAUCCGCCUUCGGAGAUGAUGAGAUUUCGGGUACUGCUACGUCGUUGUGUAUUGCUGCUGUACCGCGACUGGACAACGACCUACAUCAAAAUGUUUUUCCAUUUCCUCGUGGCUCUCCUAUUGGGUUUGCUGUAUAUGCACGCUGGCGCAGAUGGUAGCAAGACUAUUAGCAACGUCAGUUUCAUGUUCUUCACCGUGGUAUACAUAGCUUACACCAGCAUGAUGCCGGCCGUACUCAGAUUCCCUCUUGAAAUGGACAUUCUCAGGAAGGAGCGUUUCAAUAACUGGUACCAACUAAAGACGUAUUAUAUAACAACUAUAAUAACCACUUUUCCGCUACAAGUAUUCUUCUGCCUUCUUUAUUCGGGCGUCUCUUAUGUGUUAACCGGCCAACCCAUGGAGUGGUUUCGGUAUUACAGAUUCCUGCUCAUUGUGAUUCUGACGAGUAUUAGCGCGGAAAGCAUGGGUAUAGGCUUUGGUGCGAUCUUUGAUCCCGUUAACGGUACCUUCAUCGGUUCCAUCGUCAUAUGCACAUUAUUGUGUUUCAUCGGUUUUCUGAUCUUCUUGAAUCAUAUGCCAAUAGUUCUUUACUACGUGAGCUACAUUAAUUAUCUUAGAUAUGCCUUUGAGGGUCUGCUUCAAUCAGUGUACGGAUAUCAUCGAGAAAAGCUAAGUUGUCCGAGUUCUGCGAUUUAUUGCCAUUACCGAAUGCCAUCAGCAAUGCUGGAAGAGUUGAACAUGAUCAAACCUAUGUUUUGGAUUGACGUCGCCGUUCUAUUCAUCUACUUUGUGUUUUUCCGGCUGGCAGCUUAUAUAGUCUUAAAGAGAAGACUGACGAAAUUAUGGUAAGGAUUUAUUUUGUACGUUGCUGUUUGCAGUAACAAUCAUAACUGCAUUGUAAAUGAUAUCUCACUUGCAAAGAUUGUUUUAAGUGCUUUCGCGAUCAUAGUUUUUGUACGUAAAGACAUUAAGAAAACAUCAAGAAAAUUGUUAUAAAAUGCAUCGUAUUAUAUUAGUGAUUAAAGUAAAGCCAAAUUUUGUGUAAUUUUAGUGUGAUGACUGUGACAUCUUUAUCGUUGUAAUGUUGUUGUAAUACUUAGACUGUGAGAUAAGAUAAUGAUAAUUGUCUUCGUAGUAAAUUAGAAUUAAAAAGUCAAAGAAAAACAAUUCUUACGUAAUCUAUACUUAUAUAAAACACAGUCUAUUAUUUAUAACUGGAUUUAACUUAAUUUUAUUCUGGCUAAAUAAAAUAGUAAAAGGUGUAUAAAGGAAACAGAGAGUAACUAUGCAGUGAACUUUGACAUACUGAACACGACACGUGCUGAACGACGUCGAAUAGAUAUCGCGAGCAUUUACUAUGAUAAUAAUUCGAGAAACGUGAUAAUUUGAUUGCAAUUUUCUUAAUAUGUCUACAUUAAUAACCACAGUUUUUUCGAAUCAAUUUAAUUUGGAUAACGCCUUAACUAAUUGUGCAUAAUUAUAUGUAAUAAAAAUCACAUUUUAUUGAAGAAUUGAAAUAUUUUUAAACGUUAAAAUUUUUAAAAACGCCCGUGUAAUGGCAACCUGUCCUGUAAAAAAGAGUUGAGCAAACUCUUAGGUAAUCAUUCUGCGGGCGCCAAUCAUUAAUAGAUGAACGGUUUGCUAUUUUGCAGGCGCGCUGUAGUUUGUGCUCCUAGUUUUUAGUUCCAAUAAUUUGAAUUUCGUUGAAACAAUCCGCAUGGAUUUUCCGAUUAAACCAAUAAAAUGUAGCAAAUACCUUACUUAUUUCCAUUAAAUUAUUGCAUAAUACCAUGUGUGAUAUUGCAGGAGUUAAUUUAAAUGCAAGUCAUUCGAUGAGAAGAAAAUACUUAUUUUCUCAUAAUAGAUCAAUCUCAUAUGAAUAAAAAACAGACGUUCACUGUACAUAAUCAAGCACUACUAAUUUCUUUAUGUAACAAAAAAAACAGGGAAAAAAUGGGGAUAAUUGCAUAAUUAUACUCUAGCGUAAAGGUGUAGCCCGUUAGGUUGUUCGUAUUUAUUAUGUCAUUAUUUGAAAAGAUAUUUUAUUAUAGCGAUAUUAAGACAUGAAAUUAAUGAUGAUGAGAAUUCGUAUUGAAUUCCUUGUUUCAAAUAAAUUGUUUAUUUUCACACGUCAAA